AUGUACGAGAUUUACGCUGCGGGCGCUGCCGCAGCCUUCACUGUCGACUGCUUGGUCUACCCUCUUGACACGCUCAAGACCCGGUACCAAAGCCAAGACUUUGUUAAGACCUAUGCAUCUUCACCAGGAAGCAAGACGCCGCUGUUCCGCGGCCUCUACCAAGGCAUCGGAAGUGUAGUCCUCGCAACCCUGCCGGCCGCUGGCAUCUUCUUUGCGACAUACGAGAGCAUGAAAAAGACCAUUUCCAGCACGGUUUCAGUCCCGCAACCCAUUGUCCACGCCUCGGCCUCGGCCGUUGCGGAGAUGGGAUCAUGCUUGGUCCUUGCACCGGCCGAAGUCAUCAAGCAGAACGCCCAAAUGCUGCGACGACAGGACCCUGGAAAUCCCGCCAAUGGGAGCGGGAGCAGCGGCAGCCGCAAGUCAACGUCCCUCGAGGCAUUGCGACAAGUCACACGUUCCGGGGCCCAGAGACGGCUGUUUUCGGGUUACACGGCGUUGGUCGCGCGCAAUCUCCCCUUCACGGCGAUACAGUUCCCUAUCUUUGAGCACGUGAGAACGUCCGUCUGGGAGUCGAGGGCCAAAGGGCCGGCGGCCAGCGAGGAGCAGGGCCUUAUCGAGACGGCGGUGGUGACGGGCACGAGUGCAGGUGCGGCUGGGGCGUUCGCGGCAUGGAUUACGACGCCGAGCGAUGUUGUCAAGACGCGGAUGAUGUUGAGCGCCGGCGAGGGCGGCAAUGGUUCGUCGCAGCAAUCAGGCAAAUCAGCGCCGGCAGAGAAAACCCGUGGGAGCUUGGAGGUGACGCGCGACGUCUACCGGCAGCACGGCGUGCGCGGGCUCUUCCGUGGAGGGCUGUUGCGAGCCGGCUGGACGGCGCUAGGCAGCGGGCUUUAUCUGGGAACGUACGAGAUGUCAAAGGUCUGGCUCACUCGCGGGAAAGACGAAUCGGAAGUCGUUGGAGGGCUGUGA